AUGGCCUGCUCGUGCCAGCGCGCCGCCUGCGAGGGCGCCGUCGCCCUACGGCCGCGCCUCCUUGGGACUUGGGAGAGAGAUGGAGGGUUUAAAGUUUAUGAGCUGUUCCAAACUGUCGAUGCACUGUCAAAUCUAGUCAAAGAAUGUCCCCAGUUCACAGAAAAGGUUUGUUCACUAAUUCAAGAGAGAGGGUUGAACCUGGCCAGUGAUCUUAAGAAACCUGGUGAAACGAGCUGGGGUUCAUAUUAUGAGGCACUAGUGAAAUUUGCUGCUUAUCUUGAUCCAAUUUGUGAUGCACUUUACUUUGUGAGAGAAGAGGUGAAAGACCAUGAUCAGACAUAUCUGGCAUACAAAGUACUUAAAGGAUUGUCCUAUGACUUUGCCUUUGGCUUGCUUUUGAUGCAAGAUGUACUUAGUGUUACAAAUGAGCUUUCAUUGGCCUUGGACAGGAAAUAUGUGGACGCAGAGAACUGUAUGGCUCUCCUCCAGGAGGCCAAGCAGCAGCUGCAGGUAAUGAGGGAUAAAGGAUGGACAUCCUUCCUCAACAAAGUCGGCUUGUUUUGCAGUGAAAAUGAAUUCGACAUGCCCAAUAUGGGUGCCAAAUUUGAACCCCGGCCAAGAUUGAGGGGCAAUGCCCCAACGAUGACGAACCUGGAGCACUACCAUAUCGAUUUCUUCGAAAAGGUUAUCAAUAUUCACCUCAACGAGUUUGACAAGCGUUUCAGCAAGCAAAGCUCUUCGUUGUUUGUUCUUUCAUCGUGCUUAAAUCCACACAAUUCUUUCCAAGCUUUUGAUAAGGAGAAGCUUCUCGAGUAUGCUCGGCUCUACCCAUCCGACUUCUCUGAUUCUGACAUAGCAACACUUGAUCUGCAACUUGAAGCCUUUGUAGCGGACUUGCGCUCUGAUGUCAGGUUUCGGGAAAUGAGUGCUCUCAGUGAGCUUUCUGUUAAGAUGGUGGAGACAGGCAAGGCCACUGUGUACCCUCUGGUAUAUCUGCUUCUAAAGCUUGCUCUCAUCCUUCCUGGGACACCGGCCACUGCCAAGACAGCAUCCUCUGCGAUUAAGUUCAUAGAUAGCACUAUGCAGGAAGAACCUUGCAACCAGUGGAUCAGUGACUGCUUAUUGCUGUUCCUGGAGCGUGACAUAUUUGAAAAUGUUACCAAUGACGCUGUCAUUGCAUCUCUUUGA